AUGGCCGUCGAGCAAAAGCAUGUCAGCUCGGUCGCCGAACAACCCUGGCGUUCCACGCACUUUCAAGAUCCAUCCGACCUAAGCUGUGCGCACCUCAACUCCAGCGACGGAGCUCCACGUUCGUUCGCGAUCAUUGAACCGCCGGCCCAGCUAUCCACCGACACCAGCACCUUUCACAUUCGGGAUCCUGCCCCAAAUGAUGUUUUCCCCGAUGGUGGUGCCCGGUCAUGGUUCGUUGUUCUGGGGUCCUUUUUCCUGCUGAUGAGCAGCUACGGCAUGAUGAACUCCACUGGUGUUCUGCAGAGCUAUUUCGUGAGCCACCAGCUAUCUAGUUACUCCACCAGUAUCAUCGGCUGGAUUCCGGGCUUGUUUGUCUUCUGCGGUCUCAGCUUGAGUGCCCAGAUUGGGCCGCUGUUUGACAGAUACGGACCGACUGGCAUCGUGAUUGCUGGGACGGCGUGCUACGUGGCAGGUCUACUAUUGAUGGCCGAGUGUCGACUCUACUGGCAUUUCGUUUUGGCCUUUGGCAUUCUCACUGGUAUGGGGGCGGCAUUGCUGAGCACAGCAGCCAUGGCCGCCGUUCCCCAUUGGUUUGACCGUCGUGUUGGCAUGGCCAUGGGGACUGCGAUGGCUGGGGCGGGACUUGGGGGUGUGGUGUUCCCUUGGGUACUCCGGACAGGGUUUACCAACCUUGGGUUCAAGUGGACUAUCCGGCUGCUUGCAUUGAUUGUGGCGGCCAUGUGCUCAAUGGGCAUUGCAUUUGUUCGAUCUCGUCUGCCCCGAGGACAGAGCAAGCCAAGCAUCAACCUGCGUGCGUUCCAAGAUGCUCGGUUUACUUGGUUGACCCUAGGAACAUUCAGCUUGGAAUUGGAAGUCUUCGCCUGUCUUGGUCUUUACCCGACCUACGUCGUGAUGCAAGGUUUCAGCACCACCACUAGCAUCAUCCUUCUCUCCAUCUUGAAUGUCUUCUCCACCAUCGGCCGAUUGAUCGCCGGUGGUGUCGCGGACAAAUAUGGCCGAAUCAACACGCAAGUCGGACUGAUCAGCCUAGGUGCCUUCGCCGUCUUUGCCAUUUGGCUCCCAUUCGGUCAUAAGCUUGCAGGCCUCUACAUAUUCAGCUGCAUAUAUGGCAUGGCAUCCGGCUCUUUUCUCAGUCUCGCGCCUGCCUGUAUUGGACAAAUCUCCAAAGCCAGCGAGGUCGGGGGGAGAUUCGGCCUAUGCUACUUGGCUGUCAGCUUCGCUACGCUAAUUAGCAUCCCCAUUGGUGGAGAAAUGAUCGAGACGGUCGGGAAACAAGCCAUGGUGGCGUUUCUCGGGGGUGUUCUAGUGAUCGCAAUGGGCAUGUUUGCAAUGGCUCGAUGGUCGUGUUUGAACUACCGAUGGAGGUGGCAGGCCAAGAUUUGA